AUGGACGAAGAGUCAAUUUUAUUCGGUCUCCGUAACCUUUUCACCGUUGGAAAUUACCAAACAGUCAUCAACGAAGUGAGUUCCAGCAAUGGCCUAUUUUCCACAGACGCCAAGUUGGAGGCACAAACUUAUUUGUACCGUUCUUAUGUGGCCCAAGGCAAAUAUAAUUUGGUUAUCAAUGAUAUUGGUUCCAGUACCGAAGCAUCUUUGAAGGCUAUCCAGCUUUUGGCUUCCUAUUUAGCUGAUGUACAAAAGAAUGCUAACAAUGCACAAGAAUAUGCUGAAAAGGCAAGCGCUUUACUCGCGGAAGGCGCUAAUCGUAUCAACCCUGUCGUCCAAGUGGUUCUCGCCACCAUUUAUGUCCAAGCGGGUAACCUUGAAGAUGCUUUAAGAACACUUCAUUCUCGUCAAAAGAAGUUAGAAUGUUCUGCUUUAGCUGUCCAAAUUUACCUUCAGAUGGACCGUUUGGAUUUAGCUAGAAAUGAAGUUGCUACCGUAAAGACCUGGGCUGAAGAUGCCUUAUUGUUGCAAAUGAUGGAAGCUUGGGUUGAUCUUCGUGUUGGAGGCGAAAAGUACCAAGAAGCUUUUUAUAUCUAUGAAGAGUUUAGUCAAUCCAACACAGCUCAAACAGUCAAGGUUUUGAAUGGUCAGGCUGCUGCUAAUCUUGCAUUGGGCAGAUAUCCUGAAGCCGAAAGUUUAUUGUUGGAAGCCCAAAAUAAGGGCUCUGAUGACCCAGAUACACUUAUCAAUAUGAUUGCAUGCGCUACAUUAACAGCAAAGCCUCAAGAUGUUGUCAAUCGUUAUGUCAGCCAAUUAAGAGAAAUCGCACCACAACACCCUUACUUACAAGACCUUGACUUGAAGUCGAGCUUAUUUGACCGUAGUGCCUCUCGUUUUGCUUUGGUAGACGCUGCUUAA